AUGCCAAGUGAUGUUAGAGUAAAGAUAUCGUCAAGUUUGCCAAUUAGGGAUGCAGUGAGGACGAGUGUUUUAUCAACUAACUGGAGGUACAUAUCGGCUAUGCUACCACAUCUGGUUUUUUAUGCCCAUUCUAUCUCAACUCUGCCACAAAAAUUUGCGAAUGCUGUUGAUCAUGUUCUCUUAAGUCACAUUGGCCCUGUAUACAAGUUCAAGCUUGCUCCAAAACAUAUAUGUGUUAGAGAUUUUGAUCGGUGGAUACUGUAUGUCUCUAGAAACUCCAUCAAAGAGUUCAUACUUGAAAUCUUGGGACAGCCGUACUAUAAGCUGCCUUCAUCUAUGUUUCUGUGUCGAGAUUUGACUCAUUUAGAGUUGCAUAAAUGUUUGCUACAACCGCCGUCCACAUUCACAGGCUUCAAAAGUUUGAAAACCCUAAAAAUUGUUUGGGUUAGGCUGACGGGUGAUGCGCUUCAAAACAUGAUUGCUCACUGUCCUCUACUUGAGCGGUUGGUUGUGGAGGAUUGUGAUGAUUUCAACCAGCUCAAUAUCAAUGCACCAAGUCUCCAGGUUCUUCGCUUUAUUGGUGGGUUUAAGUACAUUAAUUUAUUGAAUACAUCAAAUAUCGUUGAUGUUUAUAUUGAGCUAUAUCAGUUUGCUUGCAAAUCUAGUAAUCUGCUCAGGUUUUUUGCUCAACUUCCCAAUAUUCACCGUCUUUGCAUGAAGGCCAAAUUUACAAAGUAUUUAGCUGAUAGCUGCUUGCCGCUGGAAAAGCUGCCGAAACCAUGUUCACCUCUACAAUUUCUUUCUUUAAGGAUCGGGACUGAUUAUGAUAAGGACAUUCUUCUUUGCAUUCUGAGAAUGUGCCCUGCUCUGGAAGAAUUAGAAGUUUUCGCUUCUAAUUAUAAAGCCAUAGGGGGAAAAGUGAACUCUUGGGUUGAUGAACAUCAUAGUUGCUCGAACACUCAGCUUGGACGUGUGAAAAUACACUGCAGCUUCCCUGAGGUUGAUGGUGCACUGGAAUUGAUAAGAUUUCUGCUUUUAAGUUCACCAGCGCUUGAGACAAUGACUCUAUGUACCACCGCUCUGCAUCCUUUUGUUAGUUAUAAUCUAGCUACAAAGUUGCUAGGAUUAUGGCGUGCAUCACUGAAUUUAGAGAUGAUUCUAAAUGACAACGUUCUUUUAUUUCCGAAAUAUAACUAUGGUACCUCUUUCUAUGAUGAUGUAAUGUCUGUCUUCUGA